UAAUGGAUAAUUAAGCAGAGCAAUUGUAAUAAUAAGAAAAAGAGGAAGUAGUUGAAGAAUAAGAGGAAAAAUAAGGAGAUUUACUAAGUAAAAACUAAAAAAGGAAUCAAAAGAAAAAAGAGAAGAAGAAAAAAUUAAAGGAGUAGAAUCAGGAGAUCAUUUAGUAAGUGGAAGAAGAAAUAAAGGCAAAAUUGAAUCUGAGUGAAGCUGAAUAGACAGAUCUUGAAAUAGCAUGGUGUAUAAAGCAAAUCAAAUUGGGAUUGACUUAAAAGUUGACUCCUGAAGAGAGUAAUAAAAUAUGAGAUUUUUUCAAUAGUAAAAAUAUCUAUGUCGAUGAUUGAAUUAUUGGAGAGCAAUUAAGUUCCAUUAGUAAAGAAGAGAAUGGCAAUGAAAUCUAGUUUCGGAGAUUAUAGAAAACUAAUGAAGUAACAUAAAUGAA